AUGCCUCCCAGGGGAUAUUUUACCACAGGAAGCCUCUCAGCGUUUAUUUUUCUUGGUAUCAUCAGAGGAUCUUUUUCGGUUGCCUUAUACUUUGCAGUACAUUCUUACAAAUCGCCAAGUCUCGUAUUUCUUCUCCGGACACCAGGCGCUAUCGGUCUGUACGCAGUUUUUAUGGUUUUCCUGUCUCGGCGAGACAGCGAGAUCAAGGAGAUGUUCUACGACAACUGCAGAGCUGUAAGGAGUUACUGGAAGUUUGCUGUGAUGGGAUUUGUUCAGUUAGCUGCCCCGUACAUUCUUUUCACGUAUGCUUUGCGAGUUUUGAACCCCACAACUGCUGGCGUUUACAUGGCUGCCGCUCCGUGGUUUUCGAUUUUGUUGGAAAGAUUGCCAUUCGUUCGAGUAAGUUAUAUUUUAUUGUCUUUAUUCUCUCAGCUUUCAGGAGUCGUAAAAUCUUUAAUUACAGAUGCUGUUAAUUGUUAUUUCUAACUGUUGCUUUAAUUAAAACCGGAAGUGAAUUGAACGUAACGUAAUUUUGAUUGAAAAUAAGCUUAUUAAAGCAUUGUUGCCAUGCUGUUAGUGAUGUAAUGAACUUAAUAUUAAUUGGCCCUGUGCUAAAGAGUCUAAAGAAGGAAGAAGAAAUAUCAAUAUACCUCAAAUGUUUGUUGAAGCCACAUUUGUGUUGGGUGACUGCUAGACAUUGCCUGCAUGCAGACGUCUCCUAUUUCCUUUGUUUCACGUGUAAAAGGGACGUCUGCGUAACGCCGUCGCUAAUCGUGUUCCAGCAUCACGCUGGGUUCCCAAGAUCUUGGGAACAUGCUGUGAUAGGCUGACACACAGUGCGCAUUGUUUGACUUAACGCUAAUUGGUUGUUAUCGAAUCUGGUCUGAUAAUGUAUGCGGUGAUUUAUGUAAUCGGGGUUUUCCAGCCAAAACAAACCAAAACAUGUGCCAUUUUGUGCAGACCGUUCGAAAUUCUUAACGUGUACGAGGAAAUUAUUUCUUUACAAUUUACUGUGCAUGAGACAUCACAUCAUCUUUAUAAACAGUGUCUGGGAAAACUACAAAAGCGGCGUGGACUUCGCACCAGGCAGGCAUUUCGGAGAAAGCCAGCCAAAGAAACUAAAUUCUUUAUUUAGCUGUAACAAACAGAGGUCAAAGAAAAUUUAAACACUUUACAACUGCAUCUGAUAUCAAAUCCUAUCAGGAAAACCCACAGAAGCAUAAACCACAGGAAAUGAUUACUCAGUAUGCAUGUAACGAACUUGCUUCAUGACCUCUAAAUGUAAGACUUAGUGCGCCAAAAACGAGAUUUACUCAGUCAAAAUUUAGAAUGCCACAUGCACCGUGUAGUGCUAGUAACCUUCGCGCAGGAGAGAAAAGAAGAAAAACCUCUGUUCAAGCAGACUCUCAAGGUCACGUUUCGCAUUAUCACGAGCUUAUGAUGUUGCGUUUGGCCUGUCAACUCUUAUUUCUAACCGGGUAUUAUUUCACAAUUUAUGCGAAGGGAAUACCCUGCCAGCGUAUGCUGGAACACGAUUAGCGACGGCGUUACGCAGACGUCCCUUUUCCGCGUGCAACAAAGGAAAUAGGAGACGUCUGCACGCAGGCAAUGCUAGACAUGGCCUGAUUAAGGGCUUAGGUACAAAAUCAUAGUUAUACCUGGGCCAGGGGGACACACCGAUAAUUACCCUAAAGGUUAUGUGUUGCAAGUCAAGAUAUGGUUACAGAUAUUAUCAGUUUUUAUAUCCAGAUUUCUUAAAGGAAAUGGACAGUUGUCAACAGAGGCUAAAAUUCGCAUUUCAGUUUAUUCAGUUUAUUUUGCCAAAAUUAAAGCACUUAUAAGCGGCCAUGGGGGGGGGGGGAGGAAUGAUCCCAGGGAACCCCUGUUCAUUUGCACAUCAACGUUUACAAAUACCCCCUACUCAAAACCAAGAUUUUUUGACAAAAAGCUGCUAACACCUCUCCCUUGGGGGCAAAGAAGUGUGCUCUGACAAGUCAAAAGGUGCAAUAUUUCAAAAGAGUUCUAUAGAAGGAAUCGUAGUCUUCUUUUGACAAAUAUAGUCGCUUUGUAGGCAAAGGCUGGCCAGCUAAAAGGAACACCAUUUUUUUUGUCACCAUUUUGCCAGAAUGUGUUCACCAACUGAACAUACCCAGUCCUUUCGCAGACAGGAAUGGCACUCGUUUCCAGCUUCAUCUACAAAAUGGCAGUUGGUGCUACAAAUCCCGCGCAUCUUCCCCCGGAGAUCCUGCUACGAAAGUGCAAAAGCAAUCCAAUCCCCCCAUCCAGGGCUUAAAAUUAACGAACAAAGUUGACAAAUCCUGCACCAUGCCCUCAUAUUUCCCCAGGGUUACUUCCCCAGGAUGGCCACUGAUAAGUGCAUAACCUUUUUUUGGCAGGGAAAACAAUACCACUAGGCCAUGUCCAAGUGGCUCCAAGCCUCUGUUUCAAAGUGAGGCUCAAUAUGAAAGUGGCAGUGUUUAGAACUUGAAAAUGGCCUGUCGAUCUGGUUCUCAAUAGGACACUGAACUUGUAAAAAUGUGAAGACAAACUUGACUUUACUGACAAACCUCAAUCGUCUUUUGCCUUUCAGGUAAGUUCUCCAGUUUCAGCAGGAAAAGUUGGGGCCAUUGUUGUGGGGCUGGUUGGCAUCAUUCUUGUUUCAGUAUCUGGCAUUGCAUUAGCAUCAAACAGUGAUGGGCUUUGUCAUAAUUGUGAACUAAAGAAUGGAAGCAUGAGUAUGGAUAACACUACAUCUUUUGAAUUAUACAACAAAUGCUGUACACCAUUUACAAUGGCAGAAAAAACAUUUUCUUUACUUGCUCUGAUAAGUGGUUCCUUGAUGUGGUCAAUCAGCUCAGGUAAAGUGUAUGUACUAUUGUUUUACUUUUUUUUCCCAUCUUGAAAGUUGACUGAAAGAGUACUGAACACUUAAGCCAUUGCCCAGGGCUCUCAUUAUCUUAUAAUUAUUAUAUAAAGCAGGUGUAGCAUAACCAUUUUCACUUUUAUCACUUCAAAACAUGUUUACACUCUGCCACAUAUGUUAAUUGGGUCAAAGCCAAAUGACAGCCCAAUGACAGCCAAAAUGUCAGGCUGUAGCUCUUCCAUUGUUUCGCUUGACCAUACUGAAUUUGCUGUGCAUGGAGGUUCUGUAUGGAUAGCAUAACCAGUGAUCACUUUCUUUUUUUUUUCUUUUUCGCAACUGCUAUUUACUUGUAUCCUGGUAAUUUUUUAUCAGUUUUUUGGCGAUCCAACAGAGGAAGUAUCCAUUACGUCAGUGGUGGCAUAGGUAAUAAUUUAUUUGGUGGACUUUUUGCUCUUAUGUUGUGGACUAUACUGCAGCAAAAUGAAGACCUUGAAGAGGUUUGUGUUUCUUUGAGACAAUGUAAUAUUUUUUUUAAAUAUUAUCCUAGUAAAACCUCCCAAGUCUAGAUAUAGAUUUAUGAUCUCCACCAUAACCUGACAUAUUUACGGCAGCUUAUUUUCAGUUAACCUCAACAUCUUGCUUUAGUAUAGAUCUUAAUAAAUUAUUGGUAUGCUAUGUUUGUAAAAAUUUUAAACCAAGGAAACUUCUGAUUUUCCUUUGUUUAAAAUUUUUUACACCAGUUAUAUAUUUUUUUGUCUCAGAUUGAUGGAAGGGCCUGCGACAGAGAAAAACUAAGCUGAUUUCAUAAAAAUGAAGUAAAAUUAAAACUGCAACAUAUACAAUUUAUAAGAUCUUACAGUAGUAAAAAGUUCAUUUUUAAAACGCUAAGUAAACGAUAGGUCAUUUAUUAAAAAUUCGUUUUUAGAUCAGUCUAUUUAGAGAUGGAUGUCUGGAACUCCUCUUCCUUAGUCUUCCACUGUUUUACUUGUUGUGUUAUUUUAUCUUGUAGACAGACCCAUGUUAUUUAAGUGUGAGUGUUCUUUAAAUUCUGUUCAAAUGAAAAAAAAGUGCAUCAUACACCUACCAACUUUCUUUGAAACACUAAAAAAGGCACCAGAUUGUGAUUUUUUAUAUGUCUAAUCAAACUGAAUUCAAAGGUCUCCGGAGAUUUCUGAACAAGUUCCUUACAAGUUCCAAAUAGCUCUGAAGUCUUCUUUAGUUAGUAAAAAUCCGGUUCUUUCUCAGAUGAAAUCAGAGUUUUCUAGGAAAUUACAGCAAUUCAUUUGAACUUUUCUUUUCUCAUUGGGUUCUAUUAUUAGUUCAACCUUAUUUUGCUUUAAAUAUUUUUCAUCAAAAAUGUGUCAGUUAAGGCUGCAAUAGCUGUGCUGGCGUAAUUGUGCUUGCAUGAGAGCUGGCAGGUUUAGCAUAUACCAUAAAAUUUCCAAAAAAAGCCCUGCAGCUUAUAUUUUUCAAGGGCCGUUUUUCAAAAUCGAUUAGGCUAGCCUUAUUGCUGGAAGGAAAUGUACCGUUUUUGCUUUGUUUUACUUUGUAUUUGAGGGCAAUUUCCAAGUACAAGCCCCCCAGGGGGCUUAUGUUCAGAGGGGCGAUGUAAUGGUGGGUUUUUUGCAUUACGAGUUUGGGGGGCUUAUAAUUAGAGGAGCUUAUACAAGGAGGGGCUUACUUGCGGAAUUUUACUGUAACUUACAAAAGUUAAGUUAUUUCUAUUGUUAAAUGUAAAGCUGCUUCCUUAAGGAGCUAUACCACCAUAAAUAUUAUCAACCACCUUUCAGUAAGGUACACCUGUGUCGACUUAGCCCUCUUCCCUGCCUUUUUUUUUAUAUAAUUGCCUUAUAAUUAUGUUCACCCAAUGAGUUACCUCAGGUAAGUUAAGUAUAUUUCCACAUCGAAAUGUUAUGUUGUAUUUAUGACAUUAUACGUUUAUCUGUUUUUGUCUACUUUUGCUUCUUAGAUACAGUGGAACAAUGCGUCAGCUGUUAUUUCCAUCAUUUUUCUGACCGUUGUUUCUGGCUGGCUGGCAGCUAUUAUUGUAGAUUAUAUGUACAGAGAAGUAGGUGAGUAAGUCGCUUUGUUCUUUAGUUAUCUCAAAGUUGCAUAUAAACAGUCAGUUAUCCAGGGCUUCUGAUAUUUUUUGGCGAAAUUCAGGUAAAUCCAUGAAAUCCUGCGAAAUUCACAAAAACACGCAAAUACCGCAAAAUUCAGUAGAAAUCUUAUCAAAUACAUGUCUGUACAGCAAUUUUGAAACUUGUCUCAGCUACUGGGGAUAUUUACUUGCCGUAAACUCGCAAAUUUAUGUCAAAACUUUGUCACUGAAAUGUGCAAACAACGUUCUGAAACUGCUACCAGGUGUAGAUUAUGUUGUGAAAAACUGGGCACUAGCCAUGAUGUUAAAGGCUUUGCCAUUGGUUCAUUUCGGAGCGUAUUGUUGUUGAAAGGGCAAAUGAUGACCUCUGUUAGAAAAACAUUAAAAACGCUGGUCUGAUCAGCGCAAAAACCAAUUGAUUUCUAGCAAAAUUUGCCCUAAAAAUAACCCCAAAAUCCGCCGUUUUUUUACCAAUUGCUUUCCAUCCAAGUUUGCCCCAAAAAUUCCCGCAAAAUGGGCAUUAAUAUUCUUCCCUCCUUCAGCCAGUUAAAAACCAAAUAAAAUAAAUGAAGUGAAAUGAAAUAUUGGCAUGAUCCUACUCAGUGCAUUUUGCACAUUGUGUUUACAGGGGCCCUGGUAACCAACCGUGUCCUCUGCCUUGUUCCGCUCGUGGCUUGGUUUGAAGACUGGAUGUUUGUUAGAGAAUUUAAAUUGAUGCCCAUUUAUUGGUGUAUACCAGUUGAGGUUGUAGGUGAGUGUAGGCAAUUUCAAUAGUAAAUUCAAACAUUUCUUCUGAAUGGCCAUGUCACCUUGGGGACAGUUCAGAGGUGACUGACAGUCAUAAAGAGGUCGCCAUUGUCAUAUAUGCCAACUCUCCUGGAUAAUGUGGGAGUCUUCUGGAUACAGCACUGAUCUCCCUCUCUCCCAUAUGGGUCACCAAAUUUCCUCGAUAAAAUGGACUUUUGAGAUUUUUUGUGCUCUAGUUUGAAAUUUGGUCAGGGUAAAACGCAGACUGCAGACCAUUGUUUUACCCACGCAAAUGAAUACGUAUAGUAUAGUCCCAUUGUUUUCUAACCCUUAAAAUGAUGGUCCACAGUCUGCAUUUUACGCUGUCCUGUUUGAAAUUUAGCCCAUUUUUUUCUCAAAGUUCCGACUCUUUUAUUCAUUUUUGCAUGUAUUUAGUCACUGACAAAGAUUGUUUCGUCAUUACAACGUUAAAAGCAAAUUUUGACAGCAUGUACUUCAUGUAAGACUUCAUAUAAUGUCCAAAGCCAUGGCAGCUGGGUGGGUUUGGGUGGUGGGGCUGUUAACAUUCGUGGGGAGAUGGAGGGGUAGUGAAAAAUAGAGAGACUCUGGAUUUAAGAUCUCCAGAGGUUGGCAUCUCUGCAUUACAGGCAAGAAUCAAGGGGUAGCCUGUAUGGUACUUACAAUAGGUGUCUAAAUGGAUAAUGCAAGUAAGGGAAAUGGGAGGCAGAUUGGGGAUAGCACCCCUCCUCUACCCUUUUUGAGCCUGCCACACAUGAUAGGUAGGGGUCUAAAAUGACAGCAAUUUUGUGGCAUGGGAAGCAAAAGAACAUUUUUUCUUUAAAAUGCCAAUUACUAUGUGUUAUAUGAACACUAUGAAUAUAAAUCAAUAAAAUUAUAAUACCAAAUGUUCAAAAUUAAAAUAUCUAUAAAAUAAAAUGAGGGAGGUACAGUAAGCAUGUUAAUUUGUAAUUUUUUUUUAAACGGGAGUAAUGGAGAGGUUAGUUGGCAAUUGAUUGUAACUUACUUGGCUGUUGCCAUUAUGGAGGGAAGGCUGUUUCAGAAAGGGUAAAAACAUAGUGAACACAUUGACUUGUUCUCUGUGACAAAGGUAAUAAAGUGGCUGUUUUGUAGUUAACAAGCGAAGCAAGCAAAGUGAAAAUUCAACCAGAGGAAAUACAGAAGAAAUAUUCAAGUGAACAAGAUUUAUUUUUUUUUGGGGGGGGGGGGGGGGGGGAGUUACUGUUAUGGAGGUAGAGAAGAAAAUAAGAGGUGUUGGUAGAAGAAAAAAAAAGAAAGAAAGAAAAAAAAAAAAAAAUAAAAAAAAGAGAAAUAAAAAUGAAUGGGAGGUAAAGUGUUUUGUGGGGGGGGGGGGGGGGGGGGGCUAGGGGAAUCUGCUGGACUGUUGCCAUCUUUUUUCAUAUAAACAUCUGGUGAUUUUGCCCAUCAUUUGUGUGAAAGCAUAUCAAAGUUAAGAAGAUUCAUCUUUGCCUUAUUCUGCCUGUCUGUCUAGGUGUGGUUUUCAUGUUUGUCGGUCUGACAAUUUCAAACUUGGAACCUGAGAACCUUUCAAGUGCUCUUCGCAGACCAUUAUUAACUUCUGAUGAGCGCGAGGUAAUUAACCAAUUAGUAGGGGCUUAGAAAAUGUCCUUUGCUUUGAGCGGCGGUUCCUGUCUGUGUACCUUAAUCUUUACCACGCCCCUUCACAUUUUUACAUUCAUUGAUUAAUUGAUGGAUUGAUUGAUUGAUCGUGUAGAUCAUCCUCUGGCAGUUUGGACCAGUUAUCAAAUUCCUUUAAAAAAUUUUUCUAUCUAUCUACAGUACCUCUAAAGGUCUAGAAAUGUAUUUCAUGGGAAACUAUAAUUUUUUUGCUAUCUGGUGAUCCUAGCCUUUUCGAUUGUAUUUUUCGCGGUUUCUUUUAUGUAUAUUUCUUUGAUGUAUAACUGAUCACCUUUGUAUUAAUUAUUAAGCGGGAUAACAAUCAGGAUGUAUUUUAAAUGUAGCUCUCUUUGACCUAACCCCCUGUAGUUCUAAACUUUACGUUAUAAAGGUGGCAUUUUCGUUUUUCUUUUUUCUCAUACGACAGACCCCAGAUUCAACGCAGUUUUACAACAACAUCCGGGACAUUGAAGAUGGCAUGUUUUCUGAUGAAGAGGUGAAAAACACCAGUUACAUUCAAUCAUGCUCCACAAACUCGAGUGAAAAUCCCUUCCCUCCCCUAGUGGAGGUACCAAGACAGGAUCAUCUCACUUGA